ACACGCAAAAUUCAUACCAUAAUUUGACAGAGUAAAAUUUGAAUUCAUGAUUGUGAUUAGCGUUCGUGGUUCUGUUCUAGUUUGGUUUCAAACGUGCUAACAAUUAGUCAUUAGCCUUAUUAUUCACUGGAAUCAUUGUUUAAUUUACGAUUUUUUCCGUGUGAAAAGGCGGUUUCAGGGUUGUGACGGCAACCUGCGUUUGCAGAUAUCUCUCUCACACACCCAACAGCCACACCUGCAUAGACCCACAUACACUCUCAUCUCUGUUGUUUCAAAGGUGUGAGGACACUCCACUCCCACUCCGCAAACGCGGACGGUCACCACAAUAAUUAAUUUAUUUGCGUUGCAGAAAAGUAAAACAAGAAUUACAAUGUAUGUUUUGAUCCUUUUGAAGGAUGUCAUCAUUUCAUUUUCAUUCAGUCUCCUGAUGCCACCAUGCCUGUCUCUCUCAGUGUCUGGCGUGCCAAGAUCGGCACGUACAUGCGCCGUAAGCAGAAAGUAUAUGACUACUUCUACUACCUGAGGAGGUAUGUUUAUGGUCUCAAAUUAAUUGAAAAGGCGAAGAAAGCAGCUGAACACUCAAAAGAAAAUGACAAUAGCAAUUGCCACCACUCAUCUUCUAACAGCUCUCCAACUGGUGAAAAUGGUAAAUCUAGAAACGCAUCAUGUCGACAACAUCAGCCUUCUGACGGUGUAAACCUGAAACAAGCCGAAACUGAAUCACCGGGUGACCGUGACGUCAAUAGUAAGGAAGUGGAAGCAAGUUCUCAGACUGGUUACGUCGGGGGCAAUGGUCCUUCUUGUCGCACCAAAACCCCCGAUCACAUCGCUCAGGAUGGGUCUAAGUGUGCUGAUGGUCGUACACUUGCAACACAUCCAACAUGUUCAACCGAGAAGCAAUCCAUUCCUGUCCCUGAUCCUUCUGACACCAAACCUACCAAGCCUUGUGACCUAGACGAGUUGGACCUGAGAUACAUAACCAUUCAUAGCACAUCACAUGCUAGCCUCCACAAUUCAACUCAGAUACAUGGACAAGACAAAGGUGGUGGCAAAUCGGGGGUAUACUCACAGGUAGCUACACACAUCGCUGGCCAUCAAGAUGGCGUCAAGCAGGACCUGGAGAGAUCGAACCCUUUAACGUCGGAAAUAGAUGACCAAUCUUCAUCUAUUUCUGAACUGGAUACAUCUUGCAACGCUGAGCACACAUUGUGUACUUUGGAGGUCGAAACAUUUCAUGAAACACCAAUCUCUCCAGUCAGGAGAUUACGUUCAUCCAGUGGAGACGCAGAUAAAAUACAAAGGAAUUUAUUCUGUUCUAGUAUGACCAACGUGAUCCUCCUGAGGUCUGGUGACGUGGAGCAAAAUCCUGGUCCAAAUAACAACCCUGGGAAUCUAACUGAGUUCGAACUCCAUCUCCUUGCUGACGGUAUGGAUCCAUCAGACUUCAGGAAGGUUGGACUGGCUUUAGGAUUCACUGAGGCUCAACUAAGUCGGUUUGAGAGAGAUAACACUGGGAACAUAAUGCAAGCAAUCUAUAGGAUGCUUUGCGAGUGGCUGAAGACAGUACGAGAUAAUGAAGCGAGGGCGAUACUGUCCAAAAAGUUAAAAGAAAUAAAUUUGGCACAGCUCGCCGACAGUGUACAGAAAGGUCAAGUCGGAGAUCACAUACUAUCACUGACAGAAGACGAAUUCAAACGGGUCAUCAAAGAGGUCAAGAAAUAUUCUGCCGUUCACCACUGUCAAAUUCAAGCCGAUCCACUGAACAGCGACCUUAUACUUGAAUUUAAUCGGAUUUUCACAAAUUUGACUUUGAUGGAAGAAGAUAAGGGAACAAAGCAUAAGACACCGUUACUCUACGAAGACCUACUCAAGACCAAGGUAAACGGGGUCUUUCCACAACGCUUGUUGGUUGAAGGUGAAGGUGGUGUGGGGAAGACAACUCUUUGUGCAAAGAUCGUUUGGGACUGGAUUCAUGAAGCAGCUUACCAAGAUUUCAAACUGGUACUUCUCGUCCUCCUUCGUGAAGUAAAGGAUAAGACUAUUGGAGAGAUUAUAAAGUCCUACCUCCCAGACGACAAUAUGGUUACAGCCAUGCAGCUAAACAAGUAUGUCUUUUCCCAUCAGACAGACGUCCUUCUCGUUCUGGACGGUUUUGACGAGUUUGCUGGCGAUCUUGAUAGCUGUUACCAAAUCGCCCUCAUCAUCCUGAAUCGGGUGUUCAAGUCAGGGAAAGUACUAAUCACAUCAAGACGAUGGAGAUCAGAUGAGAUACGGAAGAUUACAGAGCUUAGAAAGCUUUAUGCCUUCAUUGCCGUGGAAGGUUUCUCUGAUGAAAAUCUAUCUUCCUACGUCACCAAGUUCUUCCAUCCAGACACAACUUCGGCUGAAGAUUUGAAUCGAUUUAUAUCAAAUAACGAUGUGAUCAGAGAGAACAUGGCUCCAUACCCCAUAUACACAGCUAUGCUGUGUAUCAUGUGGAAAGAAUUCGAUGGCGAACGUCGCAUAGCAAUGUCGAAAUUACAAACAUUUUCUCAGCUGAUUGAUGAGAUGGUCCAAUUCUUGGUCGAUCAUUAUCUUUCAAAGCUCGGUCUGACGUCAAGAGACGAGGAGUGGCAUGUACAACGUGCAGAAAUACUUCUCCAUCUAUCCAACAUCGGUUGUCUUGCCUUCCAGGGGCUCAUGGAAAGACGAUUGGUGUUCAGCGAACAAGAGUUCAAGAGCUGGCCAGGAUGUGUAAACACAGGUUGUCAAGUUGGAGUACUCACUAAACAAGCACCGAUCCUUAAGAGGAGACAACAAAGGUACCAUACACAUCCCGCAGACUCAUCUGUGCAGUUUCCCCAUAAGCUGUUUCAGGAGUAUCUAUCAGGGAUGUAUCUGGCAUCUCUUCACAACUCAAACAGAAGAGAGUACGACAGAUUGAUGAAGGAUAUAGUCGGAAAUGCACAUGAAUUCCUGGAGCUUCUGUACUUCACUUCGGCCCAACAGAAGGAGGUCGGAUUGGAUAUCAUAACUCAUCUCAUAGCGUCAACGUCAACACGAUCAAUGAGAUAUGGGCGUACCGAUGAUGACUACAUUGUCGAUGUUGCAUAUGAGAGUCAAGACCAAACAGUGGCCAGAGCUGUGGCAGAUCAUCUAUCGACUUCAUCCAGCAACACACUUGAGAUCGGAGAAGAGAUGCAGGCCCACACGGUAUCAGGACAUAUCUUCAUCAUGAAUCAUCGUAAAGUGGUAAACAAUAACCCCCAUACAAACGCCCUCUGUAUUCAAAGAUCUAAUGUUUAAAAUCAUAGGUCUUUAUUUAUUUUAUUUUUUUUACCCCCCAAAUUUAAAACAAACGAGACCAAAAACUACAGUCCCUCAAAAACAUUCAAUAAAAAAAAAAUAAAUGAACAUUACUGGGCCCAAUUUCAUUGGUUUUUAAUUCUAAUAUCAGUCAUAAAAUGCACCCCUAGUAAAAUAAAUCGAAUGAGGCAAAACAAACAAUGAAGUCUCAAAUAUUGAGCUUUAUUGAACUUUAUUGAUCCUCCUUGAAAAAGUAACAUAUAACAAGAUACAUGUACAUUACAAUUACAUGCUAACGCAUAUGUCGAAAACGUUUAAAAGCAACAAAUAUCGAUAAUUAAAGGAAAUUGAUAUAAAGACAAGGAAGACGAGGAGACCUUUGGAAGCCAGGCUUGUAAUAAGGUCCCUCAGCAUUGAAACAAUACGUUAUUUGUUUGUUUAAAGCAAAACCUGAUUCUAGCUAUUAACUGGUUGAUAAUACUAAAAAUAAAAGAAAAUAUGUUGUACUAAGUUUAUACAAGGAUACAUAUGUGGUUAAAAACUAUUUACAGAAGAAUAAUGGAUAUGUUGAAAAAAGGGAGUUAAAAAAUGAAUAGAUAGAUAGACAAAUAGAAAGAUAGAAUAACGGGGGAGCACGAAGUUACAAGAUAGUAAAUGGCAAGAGAUAAGAGAUUUAUAACAAAAUCUAUAAUUGAAAUGACUACUAGUACUUAAUGAAAGGAGUACGUGUACAUUUACCAGUUGGCCGAGACAUUUUACAGAAUUUAUAUUGCUAAUCACAUAGUUCUGCAUGUAUUUAACAGAAAAACAAUUAUACAUCAUCAACGUACUUUAAUAUUCAAAAAUGAAAGUUUCAAUUUCCAUUUAAAAACAGAAAUACUAACAGACCCGGUAAUGUUGGAGUUCAAAGAAUUCCAUAACUUUGGCCCUGUACAGACCAGUGUUUUCUGAGAAAAUAUUGUCCUUGCAUGAGGAAUACGCAGUGCAGUAGCAUUUCUUGUUGGGUAAUUAUGAAAUUGGUUGUUCCUAUGAAUUAAAUAUGCUAACGUCAAUGGCAAAUCACCUCUAUAAAAAUUAUACAUGAGCGACCCCAAUUGGAUAACACUUUAAAAACAAAUAAAACGUAAAAGGAGGGGUAGAAAUAAAAUAAAUGUUUGUAUGUUGGUUUGUUGUUCUUAAAAAUUACAAUAGUGUUAAGCCUCGGGUAUGCAGAGUUUACUCAAACUGAUUGGUCCAAUUCGAAAAAAAGCAUGAGACUUGGUUUCAAAUUACUUAACGGACUUAAUGUCACAAUAUUCAAAUAUUCAUGAGGAUAAUAAAUUCGGUGGAUUCCCAAUACUUUGCACCAUUACUGAUGCGCAUGUUGGUAUAUGCAUUUGAAAGCAUACAUGCGAAUUUUCAACGCAUGUCGAAGCGGUUCGACCGGAAGUGCUUGUUACUAUAGGGUCUAGGAGGUACGAGAGAAAUUUGCCUGCACAUUUUUUCGCAAUGUUAAAUCCAUUUUUGUGUGUAUUUUUGCGAUAUGUUUGUCAUUUUUGAAAUUCGACCACUGUGCCCUGCCUUCGCCUGGGGGGGGGGGGGGGGGUACUCAUUCACCCCUAGAUCCGCGCCUACCAGUAAUAACGAUUAUUAGACCAAAAGAGAAUCGGACCAAAUUGGUAUUGGAUUCAGUGGAUAUAAGACAAACGCUCAAUUGGACCUAGUAGGUAUAGGACCAAAAUGACAAUUGGAAUAACUGCCAAUGACGUUAGACGAACUAUUGGACGAAAUGGCUAUUGGAAGAAGUGUCUACUAAACAAGGUGGCAUUUAGACG